AGCAAAAAACACACACACAAAUUAGAAAAUGGGGAAGCCAACGUCUCAAAACAAUAACUUCAUAAACCACUUCAGCCACCCACACAGACUUCAAUUAGCCCCGGCGACGUCAUCACCACCGUGCUCAGCUUGCAAACUCGCCGGAGGCAACGGCAGGGUUUACUCAUGUAGGCCAUGUAACUUCUUUCUACAUGAGUCUUGCAGCAAGAUGAAGCAGGUAAUAACACAUCCCUCUCACCCUUCUCAUACGCUUACUCUUCUUGUGGCUCCUGUCUACGAUGGUGGAUACUUCAACUGUGAUGGUUGUGGUGUCCAUGGGACGGGUUUUAGCUACCAAUGCUCUCUAUGCGACUUCGACAUCCAUGCUCUUUGUGCUUACAAGCCGCUCUCGAUCAUUCACCAGUCUCAUCCGCAACAUAGCCUUAAGCUCACGUUUCACUCUCCCUAUGGAGCCAAUAAAGGUUUCUCUUGUGAUAUAUGUCUUAAGAUCGGGAAGAACCAGUGGCUCUAUCGAUGCAUCCCUUGCGAAUUCGACGCUCAUGUUGCUUGCAUCGCUGCUACUAAUUCUCACCUCCUUCAACAUAGUGCUUCUUCACCUAAUCCUCAUGCUCAUCAUGCUGGACACCCUCACCAUCAAAACUCGCUUCCUGUGCCUAACCAAGGCAGUAACAGGCCCAGACCCAUGCCCAUGACAAGGCCCAAUAGGCCUUUAGCUCAACAUGUUUCUCCCAAUGGACCAAGAAGACAGAACAACAACUUGGUUUAUAAUGCUCAAGUUGGACCAUUCGGACAGAAUGAACUUAUUGGUCAGGUAGAACAGAGUUUUGGUCAAGGGUCAACGGAUGGGAGUGGCUACGAUGGUAGUGUAGUAGGGGACGAAGAAUUUAACGUGGAGGUUGAUGUUAAUGUCGAGGUUGAAUAUGAAGGUGAUGAGUAUGUUGAAGAGGCUAAUGACGAAGGAGAAGAUAUUGAUGGUAACGGGCUUGAAGUUGUGGCUUAUGGUGAUGAUGUAAGUGUUGCUCGUAGUGAGAGUGAUUUUGGAGGCAGCAGUGAUGCUCGUAGCCAAUGUAAUGAUAUGUCUGAUGCUGAUCUUUAUCCACUAUCUCUGGAUAAUUCACAAGGACCAAGACCAAGACCAAGGCCACUUCGUAUGAACCAAGGCCCGGGUGGGGGGAAGAAGAAAAACACAAACCUGAAUGGUCCGGCCGCUCGGUCUAAGAAUAUGGUUCUUAAUGGGCCACGUGGUGGCCUUCAAGGUUCUAAGAGUCCAAUACAAAGCCCUAGAGCACCUCAAGCUGGAAGUGUGCAAAAUGUUCGUUACAAUGCGAUAAGAGGUCGUGGUGGCGCUGUGAGUGUAAGAGUUAAUAGACCUCGUGACCCAUCUGCAUUUGGUGCACCUCAGGGAUUUAAUGGGCCUAGUGUUGGACCUUCCAAUGCAAUUGAUGGUAGUGGCAACAAUGAUAACUACAACGAAGGCGAUGGCACUGAUGUUUAUGUUGGUGAAGAUAAUGUUGGCUACAAUGAGAGUUAUGGUGAUCAUGACUAUGCUGAUGGUGAUGGUGAUUGUGACUUUGAAGUUGGAGGUGACUUCGCUGAUGAUGGUUGUGAUCAAGAUUAUGAUGAUACUUAUGGCGAAAACGAUUUCGAAAACUAUAGUGACAUCACAGGAGGAAGUGGUUCUAUGUAUGAUGAGGGUGAAUCUUAUGGGACUAAGGAUGAUUCACAAUAUAAUGGUUUAAAUGAAGAUCCCAAUAACCAGUAUUUACCUAUGGUUGGUGGACCAGGAGUGAAUAACCAAAACCAAUACGGUCAAAAUGGUAGGCCGGGGAAUAUUGGCACGUAUGGUCGAGGUGGUACUUCAAAUAUGAACAGAUAUGGAAACGUGAACCAAGGUGGAAAUAGGAUUCAGCCUAGAGCUAUGGGUCGACCGGUCCAAUAUAGGGCCAACGGAAGACCUAAUAGGGCAAAUGGAGGACCUUAUGGUCCCAAUGGAGGGCCUAUUAAUGGACCAAUGUUGAUGAAUACAAUGGUGCAAGGUUUAUGUCAAGGCAUUGCUAUGAACAUGCUCAUUGGUGAUGGUAAUGGUGGAGCGAGUGAUGGUGGUGGAUCAUCGAUCUUAGGAGGCUUGCUUGGUGGUGAAACGGAAUAAGAAUACUAAAAGAGAUGAAAAUUAAAUGGUUAUGCUAAACAAAAUGUAUUGAUUUCGUUAUGUAUUUUUCGAGUUUGUAUUAAUUAAAGUAUUUGUUUCCUCU